CACAUGACGGUCGUUUCUGAGGAGGUUGAUGAUGAUGAUGAUGAUGAGUCCGAGGAGGUUAUGGAUAUACUUUUGAGGGAGUCUAUGGCGGUCGAUGCGGGCAGACCCAUCCCGGCCGCUCGAUCUGCAAUCGAGCGAUUGGAGAAGGUAACCUUUGAAGAUAGGUUGGGGUGGAUCGGAGAGUGCAUAAUUUGCACGGAGGAAUUUGAGGGUGGGCUGGAGCUCACUCGGCGGCCGUGCUCCCAUGUCUAUCACGGAGGUUGCAUUGUCAAGUGGCUGAAGAUGAGUCGCCUCUGUCCCCUCUGCCGCUACCCAUUGCCCCCUGUCCAUUGAGAUGGGCAAGGAUUUUAAUUUCUUAUUUGGGGUUUCAUUUUCAAUUUAUUUUUUAUACGAAUUAUGACUUAUUAUUCAAUUUUUGGCUUCUUCAUGUUGGAUUCCAAAUUACUGGAGCAACCUAAUAAAAUUGUACAGUUCUCCAAAAAAUUCAAGUUUAG